ACCCAUUAUAGCCUAGCGGUGCCACUUGACACCCAAUUUCAUAUGUUUAGUUUUUUGCGCCCUGCUCUUGUAAUAAGAAGUAAAAUCAAGUGGUUUGUUGUUUAUGCCAUGCUUGAGAGAGGUAGAAAUCACUUCAUUUAGUUUGUUUUGACCCAUACGCUUUUUGUGACCUGUACGAGCGUCGGUAAAUCAGUGUUGUAAAAUAUCUGCCAAUAAUGGAUGCAGUGUUCAAGGGUUGUACAUUACAUGAGGCACUUGCCAUACUUGAAGAAGACGACGAACUCGAGCCUCAGUUGCUUUAUAUUGAACCUCCAGACCCUGCAAUCCUAUUUGACGAAGAUUCGGCCGACGAAGAUGAGGGUGGUUUCAUAAAUAAUCUCACAGGUCGGCAACUCAAUGCUAGAUGUGAAGUGGUACUGGCAUCUAGAUCUGAGCCACGAGGUGCUGGCCGUCCAUCAGCUUCCAAAACAUCCAGAACUGGCAAUCGAGUCUCUGACAGCAUACGUUAUGACGGCAGGAAUCAUUUAUUGGUACCCGGUGGGUCACGACGCAAGUGUGGGUUAGAGUCUUGCCAUAGUCAGACUAGGCUGCAGUUCAAUAAAUGCAACGUGGGGCUCUGUGCGGCCUGCAACCUACAGUUUCACACAAACAAUACGUAAUUUCAUGGAAAUAAAUAUAAAUGUUCAUAUAA